CGACACGCCGAAUUCACGCGAGUUCCUCUCUUAAUCUCCCCGCGAUCUCGGGGGAGAAAAAGAUCGCCUGGAAUCGUAUUACGACGGUCGCGCCGGUUGAUACGUGCGGAUUAACAUGCCCUGGAUUAGUUUCUCCUACGAGAUUUUCCGAGAGAGCGGAGAGAGAGAACUCGGCUGUGUCGCGGGCGCGCGAGAGCGGACUCGACAGGUGUGGCGCUGUUGUCCACCGUCGGCCAGGAGGUGAAACACGGACCUGAUUAAUGCCGGGCGCGCGCACCUACCUAUGCGUGGGCAUGCCACUCGCGUUGCGUGGGUGUCUCUUCGGCUACCUGGCUCUGUCCCAAGGGCACUGAUCGCCGUCGCCACCGUCCGAGCGCGCAUAUAUAUAUAUAUAUAUUGGCGAACGCGCGCGCGCGUACACGUACCGGAAUAUAUCGUUCACGCAUACACAUUUGCCUGGUGGACAGACGACGAGGCCACCUGAGAGAAACGGAAGGAACGAACGAAGAGACAGACGGACGGACGGACAGAUGGACGAACGAACGAACGAACGAUAGCUCCUUAAAGGAAAACUAAGGGGCGGCGGAGUCGAUCGAGCUAGGGAAGCGAGAUGCAGAGUUAUUACCAAUAAUGGUAAUGAAGAAAACAUGGAGACGAGAGAUUGUCGUUUAGAAAUACCGGUCAUGUAUCUGGAACGACGUUGAAGUAAUACAUGCAUCGCAUUCACGUGAUCGUUAAAACGCUAUUAAUAUAUCAUGUCAUAUUAUAUCCAGACACUAUGCGAACAACUGGAAAUGUUGGCCUAAUAAGUGGAAAGAAUUCACCGAAUAAAGGAUUCACUGGAGUUUGAUCUGUUUACAACUUUUACGAUGUUGCGUGCCGCAAUUAGUCAAGCUACUCGAAAAUGCAGUAACGCCUGCUCGGUGAAAUGCAAGCGACUGGAAGGAAAAGUCGCGAUCGUGACAGGCUCGACAAAUGGUAUAGGCCUUUCCAUAGCGAAACGUUUAGCACAGGAAGGUGCUAAGGUAAUGAUUAACAGCCGCAAAGAAUCGAACGUGAAGAAAGCCGUGGACGAGCUGAAAUGCGCAAAAUUACAAGUUGCCGGCGCCGUCUGCCACGUAGGCAAGUCAGCGGAUAGGAAAAACCUGCUUGAGAAAACCAAAACAUGUUUUGGCGGUCUGGAUAUCCUGGUGUGUAACGCGGCUGUCAGUCCAGCGCUUAGUACAACAAUGGAAACUACGGAAAAGUUGUGGGACAAAAUCUUCGACACCAAUGUUAAGUCGACUUUCCUGUUCAUGAAGGAAUCGUUGCCAUUCCUCAAGUGCAGUAAAUCACCUUCUAUUAUUAUCGUGACCUCGGUCGCGGCGUAUCAUCCCAUCGACCUAUACCAGUCGGAGACAACACACGAUUCUGUCGUGUCAAAUAUCAGUAUGGGAAGAACGGGAACGCCGGAUGAAAUCGCGGGCGUAGCCGCGUUUCUAGCGAGCGACGACGCUUCCUACAUUACUGGCGAGUCCAUAGUGGUGGCGGGCGGAAUGAAAUCUAGACUGUAGACUCGCUUUUAAAUUUGUAAUCGACUAAUCGUGACAUACCAUUUUAUACGCUCCAACGCGCGUUUACAGACUGCUCAUUUCAAAUUUCUCUAUGGAAUUAUUGAUUGAUUUCUAGCUACUGCAUUUUUUAGACAUAUUUAUAACACAUCGCGAGGAAUUAUUGUACGUCUCGAAGGAUCGAAGUAGAUUCGACAAUGUCUGUCGAAAAAAAAAAUCUCAACUGU